CAGGUUUGAGCAUUUGUAAUUACGUCUAUAUACUAAUACUUUAUAUACUAUUACGUGUAUAUGCAUGGCAACUAUGUGAAGACAAUAUCCUAACACAGUUAUAUUCUUGAUGAUAAGAGAAUUUUUUAAUAUGUUACAAGUAGUUAAUAUGCAAAAGUUUAAUAUAAUAAAACACGCAUGAGCAUAGCACGACAAUAUACGUUACAUUUCAAAUAAGAUAUCAUCAAAAGAUAAGGUUAAAGUUUUAGAAAUUGUGUUACAUGAUGGCAAAUACCGGUUUAUUAGUUUUAACAAAUCCUACAAGAGUGAUGAAAUUAUUACCGAUGAUAAAAAAACACGUAUUAAAAACUUUAUAUAUCCAAUAUUUUCCAGAAAAGAAUAUAUUUCUCUCUGGUAAUCAAAUGAUUACAAAUCCUCAGUGGCGAAUAAGUCGUUACGCUCAAAUCGUUGCCGAUAUUUAUAUCAAUACAUCUAGUAUAUUUUCUCCACUUGAUGUUCGAGUGUUACUUACAAGUAUGAAAAAUCCUAAUAUAUCAGUAAUAAAUACCAAGAAACCUGUGGAAAUAGUUAUUUUUGAUAAAGCUUGUAGUAAAAGAGAAGCUGACACAUUCAUUCAAGAUUAUUUAGCAAACACUUCCAUGGGUUGUAGUUUUAUUAAUUUUACUGAUGAUCUAAAAUCAGGAAACUUAGAUAGUAUAACAUCUUGUGUUAAUGAAGAAAAAACUUAUAAGAAUGUAGUACUUGGUGGUACAUUUGAUCGAAUACAUAAUGGACAUAAAAUAUUAUUAAGUGAAGCUGCAUUGCGUUGUACAGAGAAACUUACAGUUGGUGUAACUGAUACAAAUAUGUUGUCUGCAAAAUUAUUGUGGGAACUGAUAGAACCUUGCUCUAUAAGAAUUUUAAAUCUCAAAGACUUUCUAGAAGACAUAGAUCCAACUAUAACAUAUGAAGUUAUGGCUAUAAAUGAUAUGUACGGACCAACUAAAUGUGAUUCAACAUUUGAGAUGAUAGUAGUUAGCGAAGAAACAAAACGUGGUGGAGAUAAAGUGAAUGAAAUGCGUGAGAAAAAUAAUUUAAACAAAUUAGACAUUCAUGUCGUGAAAUUAAUAAAUGAUGAGAAUCAUAAAAAACAUGAAGAAAGUAAAGUCAGUUCUAGUAAUCAAAGAAUACGAUUAUUGGGAACAAAACUUAAAGCUCCUCAAAUAGGGAAUAAACCUUUAAAACCUUAUAUCAUUGGCUUGACUGGUGGUAUAGCAAGUGGAAAAUCAUCUGUAGCUGAGAAACUACAAAAAUUGGGUGCCGCACUUGUCAAUUGUGAUAAAAUAGCACAUAAUUUAUAUUUACCUGGCAAAAAGUGUUUUGAUACGAUAGUUGAAAAUUUUGGUCCCACUAUUUUGAAACCUGACGGAUCUAUUGAUAGAAGAGCACUCGGAAAUAUAGUAUUUAAUGAUCAAAUGCAAUUAAGCAAGCUAAAUAAGAUUGUUUGGCCUAUAAUUUUAGAAGAAACAAAGAAACAAAUAUAUGAUUUCAACGCAAAAGGAUUUGAUGUAAUUGUAAUGGAAGCUGCUGUUUUGAUUCAAGCUAACUGGCAACAUGAAUGUCAUGAAAUCUGGACAUGCAUUAUUCCACAAGAAGAGGCUAUACGACGAAUAGUAGAAAGAAACGGAUUAACCGAAGCUGAUGCAAAAGUAAGAAUUCAAGCUCAACCAAAUAAUGUAGAACAAAUCAAAGAAGCAAAUGUUGUGAUAUGUAGUUUAUGGAGUUAUAACAUUACCGAAGAACAAGUGCAGAGGGCAUGGAACGAAUCAAUGACAUUUUUAACCAACCAAGCAAAAAGUUAACAGAAAUUAUGUUAAUAUAAGAUCGCAAAUAUCUAUUAAAUUCCUUAUUUAUUGCUUGUAUAAAAUAUAAUUCUUAAUAAGUUGUGCUAGUUCUAAA